AUGGUGGCAAAUUCCUCUGAAGCAUCCCCUGACAAUCAGGCCAAGCAUGAUUCACAAAUCUCCCUAAAUUCACGAGAUGGCGGCGAAUUUUCAAACCUCGUCCCACAGGUUCUGGACUCUGAUGAUGACUCAGAAACAGCUUCCAGUUCGAACUCGGACUCGGAGUCCGAUUAUGAAGAGAAUUCGGAAGCGAUAGCGACAACUAUCGUCCAGGAGAUUGAUGAAGGUACAUACAUCUGUUUGGUUUGUACUUGUGAAAUUGACCGCCAAUCCGAGAUCUGGAGUUGCCAGGAAUGUUUUCGGGUGUAUGACUUAGAGUGUAUAAAAGAUUGGGCAGUACGGGGCUCUUCCACCACCGGCAACCGAGAAUGGCGAUGUCCAUCAUGUAAUUUUGAGCAUUCGACGCUACCGAACAAGUUCACAUGUUGGUGUGGGCGCAUAAAAAACCCCAAGCCAGACACUUUAGUACCAUUUUCAUGUGGAAAUCCUUGCGAUGCCAAGUAUACCGAUUGCGUUCAUUCAUGUUCUUCAGUAUGCCAUCCAGGAGAACAUCCACAAUGUGGUGCUUUGGGCCCCGUCAUGAAAUGCCACUGUGGUAAGCAU